AAUUUUAUGAAAUUAUUAGAUGCACUAUAGAACUUCACAUCAGUAUAGACCUUUAUAUUGCUUUUGUCCUUUACACUGUCCUAAAAAUUAUAUAAAAUUUGCUUUAUUGAAAAAUGUUGAAAGGGAAAGUUUUGGAUUUCCGAGAGUCAAGAACGUUUUUUCCCUCUAUAUAAGAGAGUGAAAAACAAUAAUCCAAUUUAUUCAAAUCAAGCUUUACAAUCUGAAGUCUACACCAUGAAAAUAGUUCCACGAACUCCUUUCUCUCUUCUUGUUCUUGUUCAUCAUAUUUUUGUUUUGCUUCCAUUGAAGAUUACUUCCUCAUCAAAACCACAAGCAGAGGCUCUGAUAGGAUGGAAGAACAGCUUGGUGUUGAAACCAUCUUCUCUGAAUUCAUGGUCCAGCAACAACAUCAACAAUCUUUGCAACUGGACUAGUGUUGUCUGCGAUGGCUCCACCGGGGAAAUCUCACAAAUAGACCUCUCCAACUUGUACCUGAAAGGUUCAUUAGACGAGUUCAACUUUUCUCCAUUCCAUAACAUCACUGUAUUCAACCUCAACAACAAUAAUAUCGCUGGUUUUAUACCACCCGCCAUUGGUAAUCUCACCAAGCUCACUUUGUUGGACUUGAGUGACAAUCAUAUUGAAGGAGAAAUACCAGUGGAGAUGAGCCAAUUGUCAGAGCUUCAAUAUCUUAGUCUGUUCAACAAUUCUCUUGAGGGUACAAUUCCUUACCAGCUCAGCACUCUAGAAAAGGUACGACACUUGUCACUUGGAGCAAACUAUUUGGAGACUUCUGAUUGGUCUAAAUUUUCAAGCAUGCCUUUGUUAACCUACCUUGAUCUUUCUUUGAAUAACUUUAAUUCAACAUUCCCAGAUUUCAUAUUAAAGUGUAGGAACUUGACCUUCCUAGACAUGUCCCAAAACAAAUGGAAUGGCUCAAUUCCAAAAUCUGUAUUCUCCAAUCUACCGUUACUUAAAAUGUUGGCUCUUUCUCGGAACAAUCUAACCGGUCCAAUUCCAACUUCUAUGUGGAACCUCAAAUACCUCAUCUUUUUCUAUGUAAACAACAACCAGCUAUCAGGAGAGUUGCCAGUUAACAUUUUCAGUCUUAGUAACUUGGAGGAAUUAAUUCUUCACGCCAAUAAUUUCACUGGUUCAAUUCCUUCAGAGAUUGGAAACUUGAAGAAACUUAAAAUGUUGGAUCUUUCCGAGAACCAUCUCAUGGGUCCAAUUCCAUCUUCUCUAUGGAACUUAAAAAACCUUACUUGGCUGCAACUUUUCAACAACAAUCUGGUCGGAACCAUACCACCAGAGAUCGAAAAUCUAGAAUUCCUCACAACUUUUGUUGUAGCCAUUAACCAACUAUCAGGAGAGUUGCCAGUUAACAUUUCUAGGCUGAGUAACUUGGAGAAGUUAUUUGUUUAUUCCAAUAAUUUCACUGGCUCAAUUCCUUCAGAGAUUGGAAACUUGAAGAAACUUAAAAUGUUGGAUCUUUCCCAAAACCAUCUCAUGGGUCCAAUUCCAUCUUCUCUAUGGACCUUAAAAAACCUUACCUUGCUGCAACUUUUCUACAACAAUCUGGUUGGAACCAUACCACCAGAGAUCGAAAAUCUGAGUAACUUGGAGACGUUAUCUGUUUUUUCCAAUAAUUUCACUGGAACAAUUCCCAAACACUUUGGGAAGAACAUUCCUAGAUUGAAUUUGGUUAGCUUAUCAGACAACAACUUCUUUGGAGAGUUGCCUCAAGAAUUGUGUAGAGGGCUCAAUCUAGAGGAGUUGACGGUAGACAACAACAACUUUACAGGGGCAUUGCCUGAGUGCCUGAGAAAAUGCACCAAAUUAAAAAGAGUAAGGCUCGAUGGGAACCGAUUCACAAGCAACAUCACCAAUGCUUUUGGCGUUCACCCACAUCUUGAUUCCAUCUUCUUCAACAACAACCUAUUCAUUGGUGAAAUUUCAAUUACCUGGGGAAAAUGCCAGAAUCUCACCAGAUUGCAGAUGGGCCAAAAUAAAAUCUCCGGUAAGAUCCCUCCGGAACUCGGGAGUUUGACAAAGUUGGAACUUUUGAGCCUAGAGUCCAAUGAGUUAAGUGGCGAAAUUCCAACUCAAUUGGGAGAUCUUAAACUUUUGUACCAUCUUAAUCUCAGCAAUAAUCAUUUGACAGGGGAAAUCCCUACGAGUCUAUCAGAUUUGAGUGAGCUACAGCAUCUUGAUUUGUCGACAAACAAUUUAGCUGGUAAGAUACCAGAGUGGCUUGGUAAUUGUGAAGGACUGCUGAGCUUAAACCUCAGUCACAAUAUUAUAUCAAGUGAAAUACCACCAGAGCUUGGUAAUUUGGCCUCUUUGCAUUAUGUAUUGGAUCUGAGUAGCAAUUUAAUAUUUGGAGAAAUACCCUCAAGCCUCUCCAAGCUUACAAUGUUGGAAAUCCUCAACAUCUCUCAUAACAACCUCUCAGGUAGUAUUCCACAAUCAUUUUCCCACCUAAUGAGUGUAAGUUGCAUCGAUUUUUCUUUCAACAACUUGAGUGGUUCGAUCCCAACUUUCCAAAAUGCUCCAAAAAUUGUUUAUGAUGGAAAUCCUGGAUUGUGUGGAAACAGUACAGGACUUAAGCCUUGUAGAAGGCAAAAAAGCAAAAGUAACACUGUUCUUAUUAUAGUCAUGGGCGUUGUUUGUGGCCUUGUAGUUCUUGUUACUGCCAUUGUCAUGACUCUCAUAUUGUGCCAUAAAUUCAAAGUGUUAGAUAAGCAAAGGAAAAGUUCUAACCAAAAGGACACUCAUCAGUCAUUGAUAUGGGAGAAAGACGCAAAGUUUACAUUCGGAGAAAUCGUGGAGGCAACCGAAGACUUCGACGACAAGUAUUGCAUUGGAAAAGGAGGCUUCGGUACUGUUUACAAGGCUAUAUUGAGAUCACAUGAGUUGGUUCUUGCGGUUAAGCGGUUGCAUAUGUCAGAUUCGAGUGACAUUCCCGAAGUUAGUCGCAUAAGUUUCGAGAAUGAGAUUCGAACUCUGACCGAAGUCCGACAUCGGAACAUCAUAAAGCUUUAUGGGUUCUGUUCAAGAAAGGGUGGUUUGUACUUGGUGUAUCAAUAUGCAAAUAGGGGCAGCCUUGCUAAAGUAUUAUAUGGCUCAACCGAUCUUGAUUGGGAUUCUAGGGUGAAGAUAGUUCAAGGACUAGCUCAUGCAAUCUCAUACUUGCACCACGACUGUUCUCCACCAAUAGUCCACCGCGAUGUGUCUUUGAACAAUGUACUACUCGGCUCCGAUUUCGUUCCAAUACUUUCAGACUUUGGCACGGCUCGAUUGUUGAUCCCUGACUUGUCCAUUUGGACAAAUGUAGCUGGGUCUUACGGCUACAUGGCCCCAGAGUUAGCUUUAACCAUGCGCGUGACAGAAAAGUGUGAUGUCUAUAGCUUUGGAGUCGUAGCUUUGGAAAUUAUGAUGGGAAAGCACCCAGGAGAACUGUUGGAAUCUUUAUCAUCAGCCCGGUCGAAGACAUUAUUUGCAAAUAUGUUAUUAAAAGAUGUGUUAGAUCAACGGCUGUUACCUCCUUCUGGGAGAUUAUCAAUGGUUGUGGUGUUAGUGGUGAGCUUGGCAUUUUCAUGUACGAGAAGUAGACCAGAGUCAAGACCCAGCAUGCAUUUUGUGGCGCAAGAAUUGUCGACCAGCAGUAGAGCUUCCAUGAUCUCUGAGCCAUUGAGGAUGAUUACUAUUGAGAAGCUUGCUGCACUUCAAUAUCAGUAGUAGAAAAAAUAUUUAAUUAAUUAGAACUGGUACUUAUGUAAGAGGUUUAUCUCGUUCUACAGAUUAGUUAAUGUUUUUACUACUUGUUCAAUAAAGAUCAUAGUGAUGAAGUAAUUUUAGUUUUUAUUUUACUCAUGAUUUGUAUACAAAGUGCAGUAUUUCUCAUCGAGAAAAAAGAUAAAUAAAACAGGGGAGUUUGUUUUUCUGUUCUUAAAA